CACUAUAAGAACUAGAAAUGGCCAAAUAUAAAACAGUAAGACCCGAAUAUGACGACGAAUCUUCUGACGAAGAUAUACAAAACAACUGGAAAAACAAUAAUAAUGAAGAAGAAGAAGAUGAUGAUGACGAGCUUUCAAGAAUGUCAUUUGGUGCAUUGAAUGCUGCUCAAGCCAAACUCCAAUCAUAUUCUGACGACGAAGAUGAGUUCUUGGAAUCUGAUUCUGAUUCAGCACCUGAAGAAACAAGUAGUAGACACCAAACUAAUGAUAAUAAAAAGAGAUCCAAGCAUGCACCCCUGCAGCUGUCUUCCAAACGUCCAGUUUCUAAAAUAAGAGAUAUCCCUGGUUUAGAAGUAAAGAAAACCGGAUCAGGAUUAUAUACCGAUAUAAGAUUCGAUGCAGCAUAUGGGAAAGCAGAUUUAAGUAAAACUCGUCGUGACUAUGCCUUUUUGGAUGAAUAUAGACAACUGGAAAUCAAACAGAUGGAACAAGUAUUAAAAGACAAGAAAUCAGCCAAUCUACUUUCAGAACAUCAAAGAGAAGAUAUCAAAUUACAAUUACAGCUGUUAAAGUCAAGAAUGGAUACAUUAAAGAAUCGUGAUUUGGAGAAUCAAAUUCUCUCAUCCCAUAAGAAACAACAAUUGCAAGAUUUCAAAGUUGGUAAACUGACGAAUCCAUAUUUCCUUAAACGAAGCGAAAAGAGAAAGAUAUUGCAAAAGGCCAAGUUUGAUUCUAUGAAACCUAGACAAAGAGAAAAGGUUAUGGAAAGAAAGAGAAAGAAGAGAUUGGGUAAAGAGUUUAGACAAUUGGAGUUUAGACAACAGAAUCACUAACUUAUAAACUUUUAACUUUGCAUAGAAUUUUAUCAUCAAAAUGUAUAUUAAACAAACUGUAGGGGAAAUAAUAAUAGAGAUCUUAUAUACAAGAAAUAUGGCGAUGAGAUACCACACCAACAAAACUGUGUGAACUAUGCCCUUAAAUGUCUAUUAUUUAAUUUAUUUCUUAUUCUCGUUAGCAACCCAAUCUUCGUAACUUCCCACAUAGUUACCUCUCUUGUUAUAUCCAAAAGUUCUCGCUAAUUCUUCGGCAGCUGUGCUUCUAACGCCACCCAAACAAUAAAACACCAAUUCCUUAUCUCUAGAAGGCUUUUCAAAACCAAAACUUUCCAAGAAAUCGUCUUCAUUCAAUUCUAAUGCGCCUGGACUGGUCUUGAAUGGCAAGUUAAUAGCACCAGGAAUAUGUCCUUCGCUGAAUUCAAUUGGUUCUCUAACAUCAACCAAAACAGUUUCAGGGUGUGAUUCUGGAUUGGUGGCCAAUUUCUUGACAUCCUCGUAUGUGUAAAGCUUGGCUUCUGGGGAUUCAGUAAGAACAGAAUAUGAUCUGUAGUGAGCAUUGCGUGAUGCAAUCAACACAGUCUUGGUGGCAUUGAAUAAUCUAGGAGUGACAGUGGUUGAUCUAAAAAGGGCGUUUGUGGUAAAAGCUCUGGAUGAAACGAGACCAGUUCUGACAACGGAACUUCUCAAUGAUCUAAGGGCAUGCAUUGGAUAUAUUAUGAAAAAAGAUGGAUGUUUAUUUGUGUAUCUAGUUGACGCAAUCGGUUAGAUCGGAGGCGUAUAUAGUUGUAAUGUAUGAGUCACGUAGGAGGGGGCGGAUCUUUCACGAU